UGAAGGUGCGCUCUCCCUGCAAGCCCUGCUGCACAACGUCGAGGAAAAGUCGAAGGCGUCCGUCGUUGCGGACACGAACGCCGCGCUGGACCGGCUGCACUUCCUCGACACGGUCAAGCGCAAUAUGGAGGCCGCGCGCGAGGUACUCAAAGAGGCUGAGAGUUGGAGCACGCUCGAGUCCGACGUCAUUUCCCUCCUCGGCGAGCAGAACUACGAGCGCGCGGCGGAACGACUCUCCGAGGCGAGCAAGAGCAUGGUCGUCUUCGAGGGCACGCCCGAGUACGACGCCCGGCGCACACUCAUGGUCAGUCUCCAGAACCAGCUCGAGGCCGCGCUCAGCUCGGCACUCGUCGCCGCCGUGAACUCGCAGGAUGUUGCGGUCUGCCGGAACUACUUCUCGAUCUUCUGCAACAUCCAGCGCGAGUCGGAGUUCAGGAAUUAUUACUAUGGCUCACGCAAGGCGGCGCUUCUCGAAAUGUGGCAGCACGCACGUCUGCGCGACUGCGAGCAGGAGGCGGCGGACGCCGCGCAGGCUCAGCAGAGCUUUGUGCAGUUCUUACCCACGUUCUAUCAAGCGUUCCUUGCGAUGCUAUCCACGGAACGCAUGGCCAUUUCAGCCAUAUUCCCGGACCCUCAGCAAACACUAUCGACCUUGAUAACUUCCACCUUAUCUUCACUCCAGCCGAGCUUCCCAGAGCGUCUCUCUACCGUUGCCGGGUAUCAUGGCUCGAAGGCCCUCCCUCAGCUUAUCACAGCUUAUCAAGCUACCCAGGAAUUUGCACUGGCUACGGACAGGAUCCUGGAGAAGAUUGCCUACGCGUCACAGCCGGCGCCAGCCUCAAGCGAGACAGACGGCUCCCAGAGCAGGGCUCAUCUACGAAGACGCUCGUCCGCUCGUAUGUCCAUGUCUAGGCGUAUAGGUCCUCAUCGUGCCUCUAUCAGCGGGUACCCGCUGUCUAACCCUGGGGAUUCUUCUCAGCCCUCCUGGGAUCAGGAGCUAUUCGAGCCGUUCCUCGAUUUCCAAAACGACUAUGGCCCCUGGGAGCACCGUUAUCUCAAAGCUGCCCUGCAGGAAAUAAUGCGAGAUGAGGCCGGGCCCAACGGGGACAGGUCGCGGCUAAUCAGAGAGCGGUCUGUGGACGUCUCCAGCGCUGCGGAAGAGGCGAUCACCCGCUGUAUGGCGUUCACUCACGGGUACGCAUCUGCGGGGCUCGUGGAGACCUUGGGUACCCUUCUGAGAACGUUCGUCGACAAUUCAAAGGCGGAAAUAUCCUCUGCCCAGACGUCAUUCAUCGACACUAUGGCGUCGGCGUCUGGAGACCUCUCCGACCUUGACUAUACCCCGAAAGAUUGGGCCGACAUACAGUCUCUGCUGCAUACCCUGGAAGCAAUCAGGGACUUGAAUGACCGGGUGCUGAAGUUCGAGAGCAAGCUGCGCGGUUCGCUGGUCCAGGUAUCCCAUACAUUCCGGCUGAUGCGUGCAGACCCCACUGGUCUACACAUAUCUGGGACAACACGAGGCGCCGUUCAACUAUUGGCGCAAUCGAGCCUGAACAACAUGGAAUUGCAUGAUCUUCUCGAGCGCGUGGACCCAGAUCCGCCGCAUGCACAAAGCCAGUCCCGUGGUGACCCCUUCCUCACGCCCACGCCCCCUGCAUCCGGCGCAGAAGCUCGCCGACCAUCACAGGUGUUCCACCUGACCCCGGGCAUCACCCAGACGGUGCCACUGCUGGUGGCCGCACGCGAAGCGAUCUCCGGCUUCGCGAAGGCGUGCCAAGUGGCGCUGCAAGAGACCAUUCUAUCGCCAUUGCGCAAACGGCUCGCAGGCUACCCGUCAUUGGCUGUGUGGGUCGCGCAAGCGGACGCAAGGAGGCGAACGGGCGCCGGCGGUAGCAGUGCCCUCAGCGAGGUGCACGUUCCGACGUUCUCGCUCUCGCCCACGGACACAAUGCAGCGCGUUGCCGAGGGCCUCCUGAAUCUUCCCCGCCUGUUCGAAGUGUACGCGGACGACGACGCGCUCUCGUUCUCUCUCGAGACGUUGCCGUUCAUCAAGGCCGAUAUGCUCAGGGCUCUAGCAGAGCCGUCGCCCGAGGUAUCCGCGCCCACCCACCACCCGCGCCGGACGUCGUCGCUGUCGAUGAAGACGCCGCCGGUUCUGUCGGCGGCGCCAACUCCGGAGUUCACACCUGAGGCUGUCUCGGCUGCCUGGCUGUCCUCUCUGGGUCUCUCGCUGCUUUCCCACCUCACGUCCCAGGUGCUGCCGGGUAUCCGGUUCCUCAGCUCUAGUGGCGCCGCGCAGCUGGCCUCGGACCUCGGGUAUCUGUCCAGCAUUGUGAUGGCGUUGAACAUCGAGGACGCCGAGCUCGACAAGUGGAAAGAGUACGUCGAGAUGGACGACGCGGCUGGGCGGGAAAAGCUUAAAGGAGAGGACGCUGCGGGCGAUGCUGUGCUGCCGACUGUGGCUAGACUUCGGGGGUGGACCACUUCAUAGGAAAUGUUUGAACGGCGUAUACAUAGCUGAAAUAAGACAUGUAGACGUGCAGUUCGCCAAGCCGAUCGGGAGCGUCUGGACGUCCCUGAGUUUUAAGGAACGUUCAUAGGCACAUGCGCAAGAAUUGCAAAGCAUCGACGAACAUGUUACGCCGCGGGCUCGCGGCAGGGAGUUCACGGGACAUCAUCUGAUGAUGGGGAACCAGUUUUAUGUAGGAUCUUGGGAGCAUAGCAUGGCCGUCGCCGUGUACCUGCACGGGCCUCGGUCUCAGCUGGCGUCUUCGUCCUCAGCUUGUCUUUGACUCCCACCACGCCAUGCCUUGCGAUGGUUAGCCUUUGCGCAGUUUUUGCAUCACCAGACGUGCGGAAGAGCCCAUUGAGUCCUGGUGAGGUGACGCCUGGAUUGGCAGUGAGUGAAGUCAUCUCCGCUGUUUGGGGCCCGUCCUGCAUGAAAUCUGUGGGCGAAACUGCUUGCCGACGCGCCAGAGAAAGGCAAAACGCGGUACUGGCCAUUGGUCGGCAGCACGCAAAAUCGCGGAGGACAGGGUUGACCCCAUGACGCCGGACCAGCACAGAGUUGCACCAUCCGGACCAUAAACCAGGGGCGCCGGACGGGAGCUGCGAGGGUAAAAGACAUGGUCGGUCGCUCAAUUUUCACCGCAUACACUCACCUCCAACGUCGACCCAGGCGAGGCUCCCCGCCCAGCAGGAUGGCCGACCUGGAACGCAUACCGUCGAAAUCACCGUCUCGGGCGUCCACGGUGACGCCCCUGACCCGCCGCCUGUCGGGGCUGAGCGCCAAAUGGUUCGGGGGCGGGAGGAGGACGGACAGCGACGCGGCAUCGUUCGUCACAACGACAGACACCGACACGCUUGUAGAUUUCCGUAAGUUCUUCUCCCGCGAACAUUGGCGACUUUAUCUUGUGCUUUCCGCCCCCAUACGUGCCUGGACACUCCCUCGAGAUAAGCACCAAGCGCCAGUCGAGGCCUGCGAUAAGCACCCCGUCGUUGAAACACACCCGCCACGAUCUAAUCUCUCCCACUCCUGCCAAUCCUAUUCCGACUUCACAUAGAUUUUGUUGGCUUCCUGCGGCAUAACGGCUCCUGCCGGCUCCUGGCUCAUAGCCAGUCUCGCUCUCCUGUCCACUCUCUUUCCACUCCUCCUUGCACCACUCAUUUCGCUAACUCCAUUCUUCUUCCUCGUUCAACCAUUGCACCAUGUCAGCACAAGACGACCUUGAAGAGCGUAGACAAUCUAUCCCCCGUGGCCGCGAAGCACUCGUACGCUCACCAUCCCU